AUGACUCGGAGCAGCGUAUUCUCUGACGAGGAGAACGAAUGGUUGAAGAAAAAACUGGAUGAGUGGAGGGAUGCCAAGUCGAAGAUCGACUUCAUGUUGAAGACCGCGCCCUUGUUCUUCAAAACGUUCCCUAUUGAUCCGACGCCAGAGGAGAUUGCGAGUUGCGGAGGAGAUGUAGCGCAGGCGAGGGUGCACGAGAAUGUUGUGCAGCGAUACAAGGACCGCAAAGCGCAAAUCAGGACGUGGUUUGGUAAUCACAGCCGCGAGCGCGGCUCUGGUCCUGAAAUUCCUGGCGUCAAGCGUCCCGAGUACCAAGCUUGGCAGCGUUUGUUCUAUCACAACGAGGAUGUGCAAGCCGAGUACAAGGUCGCCUGGGAUCAAGCAAUGAAAGAAGGCUGGACGAACGAUCAACAGGUUAAAUUUCAGGCACAAUUCGCCCAGCAGCAUCUCGACGCUGCUGACCCACAGGUGCUUAAAGCCAUCCAGGACUAUCGCAACGAGGGCUAUCUUCAAAGGGACGAUUUAUCCCUUCCGGAGGGCGUGCAAGAUACGGAGGAUACACGACGAGCAGCGAUCGAUAACCUACCACAUACCAUAGCAGCAGCAGCAGAGAGCUGGCAUCGACAGACCGGUUUGCAGAUCUCUAUCAUGGUCGGCGGACCCUUCCCGCGAUCAGAAACCGCGGAAAUUCAGACUAUGUACUACGGCACAGGCAAGAAUCUCCUCGGAUGUGAGUUCGUCGACGCAAACUCGGACUUCAAGACAGACUGGCGAGACACAUUCCACACAUUUUGUGAAGGUUCAUACACUUCGCAGGAACGCAUGCGCCGCCGCGUAGCUGUAGCAGCCGAUAACUCCUCGAAGCCUGGCUCAGCACCCGCCGCAACGUCCUCCGGCGUCCUCCCGCAAGCUGAUGAAAACACACCGCCGAUUGGAUGUGCACUCCCUGCCGCCCUUGCCAUGCGACCACAUGAUACCGCCUUCAAACCGGUCAACAAGCCUGUGGAAGACACUUCAAUCAAUCCUCAGCUCCUCGGACUCAUUCCCUUCUCGAAUGACGCCCAUAUCGAAACCCCAGCACCCGUCCCGGUCACACAAGAACUCCAAGCAGGACAAGCAGUCUCAUCGCAGACGCCUCACUCGCAGCCUGCCAGUGCCUCCCUUCCACCCAUCACUGUCCUUGCGGCACCUCUGCCUGCUGCACCCGAGGUCGCUUCAGGCUCUCAAGAUAUCCUUGCUGGCGCUGCAGUUGGUGCAACCCUUUCGCCCACGACAUCUUCCCCGCUGCCUGCAAGCACCUCCCCUUCAUCCAUCGCUGCUCUCGCUGCGCCUCUCCCUGCUGCGCCCGAGGUGGCUGCAGGCUCCGGGGAUGUCGGUCUUGCAGGUGGUGUGGUUGAGACAUCGGCUCCUCAAGAUCACACAACCCCUUCAUUGACGAUCACUCCCUUGCAGCCUGUCAGUGCUUUUCCUCCGCCCGUAAUUGUCCUUGCGGCAUCUCUCCCUGCUGCGCCUGAGGCCGCUUCCGGCUCCAGCGAUCUCCAUGUUGCGGGCACUGCCAUUGGGACAUCUGUUCUUCAAGAUCCCGCGACCCUUUCACCCGCGACAUCUUCCUCGCUGCCUGCGAAAGCCUCCCCUCCGUCUAUUACUGCCCUCGCUACACCUCUCUCUGCUGCGCUCGAGAUGGCUGCAGGAUCCGGAGACGUCGGUCUUGUAGGUGCUGCAGUUGGGACAUUGGCUCCCCAAGAUCACGCAACCCCUCCAUCCACGACCCCUCUCUCACAGUCUGCCAGCACCUCCUCUUUGUCUGUCUCCGCCCCUGCUGUACGCGGCCCAGACGUCGACUCUACCGGCAAUGCCGUUCGAUCAUCUGUGGUCAAAGAUGCCACAGACGACUCAUCGGAUGAUCCCAUUAUACCCGUGACUUACUCGGAUCUUGACGAGGAGGAGACUGCUCUGCUUCCAGCGGACAAAAGCCAGAGACGGGCAUCUUCGCGGCCCAAGAAGCUUAAAAUCACAGGCGGCGAGGGAUGUACUCUCGACUUCUCUCAGCCGACGUUCGACCUCGUCAAGAACAUCGCUUUGUCUAAAGACCUCCCGGAAUACUUCAUGGGUGCAGUCGCAUUCAUUUCGGAGGCCGUCACCGAGCCGGCAUUCAUCAACAUGCUUCGAGCCUACAUCCUGUUCGAGGCAAAGGCACGAUUCCUCAGUCGGAACAGUGUUACAAAGUCAUUGAUGCGCCCAUCGAUGACCAGCAAAUGGAUCAACAACACCAAGCGCACGACGUAUAUGGUCACUUGCGAUGAUCCUCAAAAAGACUUCUUUUCCUGGAACGCGUGGUGGAUCUCGUUGCAGCCAAGCUGGCGCUGCCGCCCCAGUGCACCUCUUUCGCGUGCAGUUCCCCGUGGUCAGAACACCGACUUUCCCGAAAUCAAGAACGGUAAAAACGGGGUUGUUGUCGUUGUACUAACCUUGGCUUGGAUUUUCCUUGGAGCCAUGGCCCGCAACGAGGGCGGGGUUAACGUCAAAGUACUCGAGGCCGUUGAGGAUGUUACGUGGGUCCUGACGUUGGCAACCAAGACACCUGCGACCGCGGCCGUCAACGAAUUACGCUCUGCGAAGAAAGCUUCUAUCAACGAUGAAAACGAUGUCCCUGCCAAGCGUACUCGCAGGUCCAAGAACGCGUGA